CGUUGACGUAAAUGACAGUGGGAAGCGGCUCUUAUCAUAAACAACACACUACAUGACAUCAGACAGUGCCUGGACAUUCUGAUGCCUUACCUGGGAUAAGGUCCACCUCAUACAGCUGGCCUAUCACUCAUUGUGUCACCCAUUCAACACAGGAGAACAAGGAUCCGGUAUGUUCAGCACAAAGAGGUUGAAGAAGAAGUCUCUGUCAGUGGACAUCCCUGAUGAGUGUUAUGCUGGUUCUCUUGUCAAGGACCCGCUGGCAUCACCCAUCAUACCUAGUGUGGCCAGAACAACCAUUACUGAAGAACAUGGCAUCAAUGCCACCAACAUACCUAAGUCUCGUAAUCCUCGUCGCGGAGAACUCAAACGAGGAUAUACCGUAGACACCGGGCAGAAAAAGAGUUCAUUGGAGAGGAAAGAUGUGCGCCGGAUAUCCUUCCAAAAACCUAAAGGCACCAUGGAGUAUGUGGUGGAGUCAUGUGACACGCUCAACAGCAUUGCUUUGAAGUUCGACACCACCCCCAAUGAGCUCGUACAACUCAACAAACUCUUUUCUCGAGCUGUGGUCCCUGGCAAGGUGCUGUAUGUCCCUGAUCCGGAAUACAUCUCCAGUGCGGACAGCUCCCCCUCCCUCAGUCCCAUCAGCCCCCUCUCGCCCACCUCCUCUGAGGCCGAUCUGGAGAAAGCCACCACGGAUUCAGAUGAUGCCCAUCGAAGACAAACCAACCCAGCUAUGGGUCACGGGGCCCACCGGCCAGCCCGAGUGGUUUCGUCCACCUCUGAGGAGGAAGAGGCGCUUACGGAAAAGUUUCUUAAAAUGAACUGCAAAUACAUCACGGAUGGCAAGGGAAUAGUCAGUGGUGUGCUGCUGGUCACCCCAAACAACAUCAUGUUUGACCCUCAUAAGUCAGACCGAUUGGUGCAGGAGAGAGGAUGUGAGGAGUACGGGAUCAUGUGCCCCCUAGAGGAGGUGCAGUCUGCAGCCAUGUGCAGGGAGAUCACAGACAUCAGGGUCAGAGAGCUUGUGCCACUAGAUCUGGAGCUAGAUCCUUCUGCGACGGAGGUAAGCCACCUCAAGAGGGUGCCACGUCUAAAUACCACCGAUGCGGCACACAGAAUUCGUGAUACAGGCAAUGACAGUGCCAGUACAGCCCCUCUUAGCACAGAAGCUUCGCUGUCUGAAGACGUUUUUACAGAGUCAGAACUUUCGCCUGUCCGUGACGAUGCCGUUGCGACAUCAUCUGAAGAUUUGCAGCCGAUAAAAUCCUCAGGGGCAUCUUCUGAAUCAGUGCAGACCAUCAACCAGGUUUACACAGCCAUGGAAGAACCUUCAGUAGCUGAACAAAAGGAUGUAAAAGGAGUAAUACAAAAUACAGACACAGAUGGAAGAGGAUUGAGGGAUAGUGGCAUUGAGCAGAGCCUGAAUGCCACAGAUUUGUCCAGUGAAAUGCUGUCAGGAAAUGUUCUGGAAAACGCUAAAAGGGAUCAACCUGCGGAUGAAAUCAAAUCACGUAACACCUCUGAGUCACUUUGUUCGGACACUGUUGCAGCCGAGGAUUCGGUGAAAGGACGGGAAGCUCAGAGAAGCAUGGGGGAUCAUACUAUGCAAUUGACCAAUGAUACGAAGGAAGGGAAACAAGGAAUGUCGAUUGAGGUUUCAACAGCCAAUGAGAUUGGAGCAGAGGAGGGGCAGAAUACAGAGGAAGUUGUGUCGGGGUCCAAAAACAAGCAAAAGUCCCACAAGUUCCUGUGUCUGCGAGUUGGCAGGGCCAUGCGGAAGACCUUUGUGUCCCACACCAAUGCCUCCAUGCAGCAGUAUGCCCAAAGAGACAGGAAGCACGAGUACUGGUUCGCCGUUCCAUCUGAGAGGUCAGACCACCUAUUUGCGUUCUUUGUCCAGUGGACCCCAGACGUAUAUGGGGAAGGGUUGGGAGGAGUGAUGCGGGAGCCCGGGUUUGUAGUGGUUAAAAAGAACACCAAUGCAGAGAGUGGGGAGCAUGACAAGCCAGUGCCUGAUAUCACAUUCAAGGACUGGGAGGUAGGAACAGUGACUACUGUAGUUUCUGUGACCGAGUACUACCGGCGGAUAGAUGCGCUAAACAGUGAGGACCUGCGCUCACUCUGCAAACGCCUGCAGAUCACAACCAAGGAAGAGGUAAACUCCAAACAUAUAGUGAAGAAUGACCCAGAACCAGAGUCAUUCAGGCCCAGUCUGAAUGAGCCCAGUGACCUCCUGCAACAAGAUCAGAUCGAAAAGCUGGCCAAGCACCUGCCCCCCAGGACAAUCGGCUAUCCCUGGUCCAUGGUAUUCAGCACGUCCAAAAAUGGCAUGAGCAUCAAGAGCCUGUAUCGCAUGAUGCAGGGCCAGGACUCGCCAGUUCUCAUGGUGAUCAGGGACAGCGAUGGGCAGCUGUUUGGAGCUCUUGCUUCAGAACCAUUUAAAGUCAGUGACUGCUUCUAUGGCACAGGAGAGACCUUCCUCUUCACCUUCUGUCCAGACUUUAAGGUUUUCAAAUGGUCAGGCGACAACUUGUUCUUCAUCAAAGGAGAUCCAGACUCCUUGGCCUUUGGUGGUGGAGGGGGUGAAUUCGGUCUGUGGUUGGAUGGCGAUCUUUAUCACGGAAGAACUAACUCAUGUAAGACCUUUGGAAAUCCAGUGCUCUCAAAGACAGAAGACUUCUAUGUGCAGGCUAUUGAGAUCUGGGCUUUCGAAUAACACCCUAUUCCUCAUGGACCCAAAAGAAAUGGGGUUAGAAGGCCACUUCUGCAACCCCUUCAAGACCUGAUUGCACACCCUCGUCUCAAUGAAAGGUUGUUUAAGGUCAUAUGAACACGUUUUUACCCUUUGGCUGCUUGAGGUCCUCUAGUCUUGAGGAUAAGGAACGGCGCCAAUGGAUGUUCUUGAAUGUUGUAGAACUUCACAAAAGAAAUGAAGCUCCAGAAAUUCCCAGGAGUCUUAAAAGUCCUUUAAAGUUGUAAAGCAUGGGGGUUUCAGUCCUACUACCUGUCACCUGUUGUGUUAUGUUUAUUUCAAGAACAUAUUUAACGUCAAAACCCCAACUUGCUCUAUAUAAUCGAAUGCCUGUACUUAAUAUAAUAUUCAGUACUGUGUUGCUUUAGAAAUGUGGAGUAACAUACAAAUUAAUGUGUGGUGCCCUUUUCAUGUCAAUUAGCUUCCUGUAAUUCCUUUAUUUCUCUCUGGAAGUGCUGUAGUUACAGAAGAAAUGGUGUCUGUAAUGUCAGUGUGUAGGAACCAAUUGUGGUUUUGGGGGAGGCGGGGCAACUGAUGGAAUAUACAUAUAUAAAUACAUAUAGCGAUUUUAUAUUUAUACCUUUAUUAGUGUACUUUGUACAUAACUAUUUGACUUAUCGCUGUUAUGUGUGACAGUGAUAUGGUUUGCCCUACUGUCCUUUUACGUUUAAUCUCAGUUGUACAUUUUCCUUGUAUAUUUGUUCCAAUAAAUAAUUUUCUAUAUGCUUACAAUGUGAACUUGAGAGCUUUCCGUUGGUGGUGGAGAGUUUUCAACAGGUAGCUGCUCUCUAACCUAGGAAUCGUAUAUAAGGUGACCCGGGUGUUUUUGAGGGACCUGAUGAGGAUGAUGAGAGACUAAUGACAGGUGAAACUAGACCCAAAGCUUAUAGGAGACUGGUGUUAACAGUGAUGGAGAUAGCCAGUUACUGCAAUAUUUACAAAGAGCCACUCAGGGCACACUGAUGCAAAAGUUUCAGAAAACAGGUAAAACUGAUGAAGAAUGUUAAAUGGAAAGUUGUCUGUAUUACUUUGCAAUGAUAUAGGAACGUUCAAAGUGCUGUGGCCUCUUUUAGCAGUAUUCGAACUUUAAAUGAAUACAGAGAGGUGCCAUUUUGCCCUUGUGGCCAUCUGAAAAUAUGCCCAAACGUUUGAUCCAACUGAGCACGUCUGUUGUCAGAGCAGACGUCUUGUUGUGAAGGUAUGAUGCUCUCUGCAUGCCGUGGGAUCAUAGAGUUGAAGGAAUAAAGGCCACCUUUGGAGCCCCCAGCACUUUUCUGGUCUUCCAAUGCAGUAUUUGAUGCCCAUGUGGAAGCUCGAACAGAUCUCAUUAAUCCCCUCAAACAACUCUGAUAGAUGAUUAUGUAUCAAUGUAUUUACCACAAUAAAUUCUAUGUAAUA